GGCUGGGAAACAAAGAUGGCCGCUGCUCAAGACACCAACAGUGAGCAGGUUGUACCAGGAGAUGGCGGUGAAAACGAUGUCCUCUCGGUGCAGGCUCGGUAUCUCCGUAGCCCUUCACCCAGCAGAUUUUCGAUGAUAUCGGAUGCGGACACAGAGAGCAUCUUCAUGGAGCCCAUCCAUCUCUCCUCUGCAAUUGCUGCAACCAAGAUUAUUAACGAAGAACUGAAACCCAGAGAAAUAAAGUUUGAGCCCAUGUCGCCGAAGCUGCUGGAGUCAGCAGAGCAGCUACUUGUGGAAGACCUGUACAACCGUGUGAAGGUGAAGAUUGACAACAGCGGCAGAUUCCACACGCCCUGUAUUAUGGACAUCCAGCACGCUCUGAUGCAGAAGAUGGAGGCUCCCAUGGAGCUGAUCGAUGAGGUCUGGCCUAAUGUGUACAUUGCUGAGAAGAAUGCGGCUGUAAACAACGGUCGGUUGAAGCGACUGGGCAUCACGCACAUCCUCAACGCUGCCCACGGCACCGGGGUCUACACCUCCAAGGCUUUCUACACCGGAAUGGAUAUCGAGUACCUCGGAAUCGAGGCUGAUGACUUCCCUGACUUUGACCUGUCCAAGUAUUUCCGUCAAGCUGCGGAGUUCAUGGACGAAGCCCUGUUGACGUGUAGAGGCAAGGUGGUGGUGUGCAGUGUGAUGGGCACCAGCCGUCCCGCAGCCCUGGUGGCCGCCUACCUCAUGAUCUUCCACCACAAGACCAUCCUGGACGCCCUGAUGACCGUGAGGAGGAAGCGGCCCGUCUACCCGAACGAGGGCUUCAUCCAGCAGCUGAGGCAGCUGAACGAGAAGCUGCUGGAGGAGCGGAGCGGCUGUGAGGAUGAGGAGGAGGAGGAGGAGGAGGAUUUAGAGGCGCUGAGCCAGUGCUCGGUGGUCGAGGCAGCGAGUGUGUUGGGGGCCGUGGUGCACUCCAUCGUGGUGGAGGAGCAGGAGGACGUGGCCAGCCUGGUGCCCUCUGUGGCCCGGAGCAGGGACACGCUGAUUGACCCAGAGGUGGAGGAGGAGCGGGUGGAGGAGGAGGGGAGGUCUCAGCGAGGGGGGUCGUGGCCAGAAGCUGCCGCCGGACGAGGCGAGGGCACAGCCGGACCUCCAGAGGGUGAGCAGAGUGCGGACUGGCGGAUCAGGGAAUGGCAGAGGAAGAACGAGAGGUUCCUGGUGGAGCAGGACCAGGGUGGAGAAGGUGCGGGCUGUGUGGAUGCAGGGAGCGGGCCGCUCGCUGCCGGCGGCCCCGACGGCUCAGACAGCGUGGACAGCGAGCUGCUCCAGCGGCGUUUGCAAGACUACUUGCGGGAGGUGCCCCAACAGCGAGCGCGGCGAGACUCCCUCUCCACCGUCGCCAGCACCUGGGACUCAUGGGACGAGCGUCUGCUGGAGAUCAGCCAGAGGGUGGCCAGAGGGGAUGACACCAGCAGCCUGGCCUCCCUCAGCAGAGUCCACCGCACCCGGGAGCCCGACCUGGCCUCCGACACCAGCUCCUUGUUCAACUUCUGCCAGAACAACAAGGACAAGCUGACGGCCCUGGAGAGGUGGCAGGUGAAACGGAUCCAGUUCGGGUGGAACAAGCGAGGGGAGGAGGAGAAGGAGGAGGCGAGUGAAGAGGGAGUGGAGAGGAAGUCUCUGGCUGGUGUCGACCUCACCGCCUACCAGAGCUGGAAGCUGAAGCGGCAGAAGAUGCUGGGCAGCGAGAACAAGGCGGAGGUGGUGGAACUGGCCAAGGUGGACUCUGACACCACGUCCAGGAGGAGCCAGCAGAGACGGGCCGAGCUACUGGAGCGAUCCAGGCGCACACUGCAGGAGAGCCGGUCCCUGUUGGAGGGUGAGGGGGGCAGCUCCAUUAGCGGCAGCAUCCCCCUCUCGUUCCUCUGCUCCAACAUGCCCAACGGAGGCACGGCCGAUGACAGCGUCUCCAUGCUAAGCCUGGGCUCUUCAAUGUCCAGGGCCAGGUCUGUGUCCAUACCACCACUGCCACUAGACAACAACCCUGACCCAAGUGUCUCGCUGGCCAGCAUCCAGGACUGGAUAGCCACGGUGGUGAGGGAGCAGAUCGCCAUCAGUCAGGGUGAUGGUGAUGUAGACACUAGCGGCCGGACCCAGACCCAGACCCAGACCCAGAGCGCUGGGAGGAAGGGCGGGCAGGAAGCCAAUCUGUCGCAUCUCAGCCUGCGGAGCGCUGCGUCUGCCCGGGGUUGCCUGGACACCCAGUCCCACCUCUCCUCCGCCAGUGUGGCCAGCUUCAGGUCCGAGCAGGUCACCGCCACAAGCAAGCCCCUCUACAGCUUGUUCGCCGACCAAGUCAACCUGCAAAAGCUCAGCUGCAAGGAGCAAGAGCUGAGGAGCGAGAUGAAGGGCCGAAUGGACGCCUACACCAAGGAGAAGGUGGCCGCGGACAACAAACGCAGCACCCUGUUCAAGAAGAAGAGGAAGGACCAGAGGGAAGACGAGGAGGGGUCCAGAUCCGGGUUCUCUCCCAGCCUGGGGGCAGAUAGGUUUGAGGUCGUGUCUCAUGUAUCUGGAGGUCUCUCGUACCCAGGUCCAAGUGUCCCUGAUCCAGCCCCCGGUAUCCACAAGUGGCUACGUGAGGUCAAGGACUCGUCCGUCAGCAGCACAAGACGUGACCCCAUUACCAGAAGGGAGACCAUUGGAACUCCCUAUGAUGCGAGCAGAGAGACCACAACAUCGUUCCCAUUGAACAGGGCAGAUGGGUCAGAUUUGUAUCUUCCACUAGAUGGGUUAAAGUCAACACCCAGAGGCUCCGGAGAGUACACAUCGCGGCAAUCUGCCUCUUCCUAUGGAUCCAAGGACCUUGGUGAUAAAACCGCACUGAGAUACUCCAGCCCUUCAUCUGAGCGUGAGCACCCUGCUUUCUGUGGACCAUUGGGUGGUGGCAGAGGGCCGUGUUCAGGAAGGUCCCUUGCCGAGGUGGAUGAGGCGGUGAGCCGAGCCAGGACAUCCCAGUGGCACAGCUCGGAGACGGAAGCCAGCGAUGAGACACACGCCAAGAGAACGUUUCAGCAGAGCUUUGCGCCCGGGGAGGGCCAGGCUGGCGGGCAAGGUAAUGACGGGGAGAAUCCCACCGCAAAGAGAGGGUUGAAGGCUGCUGCUUCACCAGCCCGCAGUGACGAUGAAGACGACAAGGUCAUUGCUGCCUGGAGGAGCCAUCAACAAAGUCGAGGCAAAGAUAGAAAGCAAACUCCAAGUGAAUAACACAGCAUCACUGAUAGAAGACAAGAUGGCAGGGCAGGCCAAGAUGGGAGUGUGGAGACAUCUAUACUUCACCCACGCUUCACACUGUUUGUUUAGUUGAGCGAUAGGGCUGGGAAACAGGCCCUUCGGCCCACCGGGUCCAUGCCGACCAUCGAUCACCCGUUCUAUGUUAUCCCACUUUCUCAUCCACUCCAGACACACACAUGGGGCAAUUUACAGAAAUUAACCAAUUAACCUACAAACGUUGAGAUGUGCGAAAACCCGAGGAGACCCACGCGAUCACAGGGAGAACGUGCAAACUCCACACGGACAGCACUGGUGGGCAGGAUCGCUGCUCCACUGUGCCACCCCUCCUGGCAUUUAAUUGGACACAGAGUGGAGACAAAGACAUUUGAACAUUGGGAAAAGCAAGGAUCAAAAAACAAGUAGCUCUUGUGGCCUCAUUGGACCUAACAUGGAUACAGGGAGUCUCCCACACCAGAGAUUCUCCUGGCUGUGAACUUACUGCCACCAAAGACACCCCCUCUCACUCAAUGACCCUCCAAUUUCUACUGAUAGAAUCAGACAGCAUGGAACCAGGCUCUUUGGCCCAAAUGCCCCAACUGCCUCCUCCGGCACCAAAUAGCCGCCACCCUUUGUGUAAAUGAAGUUGGCCCUCAAGUUCCUGUUAAAUCUUUCUCCCCUCACAAUAGACAAUAGACAAUAGGUUCAGGAGUAGGCAAUUCGGCCCUUCGAGCCAGCGCCGCCAUUCAAUGUGAUCAUGGCGGAUCAUCCACAAUCCGUACCCCGUUCCUGCCUUCUCCUCAUAUUCCCUGACUCCACUAUUUUUAAGAGCUCUCUCUUGAAAGCAUCCAGAGAACCUGCCUCCACCUGUGGAAUUCUCUGAGGCAGAGAAUUCCACACACUCAUCACUCUCUGUGAGAAAAAGUGUUUCCUCGUCUCCGUUCUAAAUGGCUUACUCCUUAUUCUUAAGCUGUGGCCACUGGUUCUGGACUCCCCCAACAUCGGGAACAUGUUUCCUGCCUCUAGCGUAUCCAAACCCUUAACAAUCUUACAUGUUUCAAUGAGAUAUCCUCUCAUCCUUCUAAACCCAAGAGUGUACAAGCCCAGCGGCUCCAUUCUCUCAGCAUAUUCUCUCACCUUAAACCCAUGUCCUCUGUUUCUUGAUUCCCCUAAUGUGGGUAAAAGACUGUGCAUUUAAUUUAUCUAUUCUCUCAUACGAUCUUCCCUCAUCCUUCUGUGCUCCAAGAAAUAAAGUCUUAGCUGGCUCCCUAAAGCUCAGGCCCUUGAGUCCUGGCAACAUCCUCGUAAACUUUCUCCGUACCCUUUCCAGCUUGACAAUGUUUUUCCUAUAACAGGGUGACUAAAACUAACCACAAUACUCCAAGUGUGGCUUCACCAAUGUCUUUAACAACUGUGACAUAACCCCCUCAUCUUCUAUACGCAAUACUCUGACUAAUGAAAGCUGUCUUGACCACCCUAUCUACCUGUGACGCCACUUUCAAGAAACAAUGUACCUGCGAUCUUAGAUCCCUCUAGUCUACAACUGCCAUCCUGCCCUUGUUUGACAUCCUAAAAUACAACACCUCGCACAUCUGUAUUAAACUCCAUUCACCGUUCCUCAGCCCACCUGCCCAACCGAUCAAGAUCCUGCUGCAACUUUUGCCAACCAUCUUCGCUUUCUACAAUAUCAUACACUUUGGUGUCAUCUGUAAACUUGCUAAUCAUAUAAACUUGCUAAUCAUGAUACAAUCUCAGGCAAGAACCAAGAGUAUUUAAUUGUCAAGGAGAUAUGCUGGGUAUGUUUUUUACAUGGUGGGUGGUAGGUGCCUGGAACCUAGUGGACUCACGGUUCACUCACUCACGGCUUCUGGACUCACAGUUCACUCACUCACGGCUUGUGGACUCACGGUUCACUCACUCACGGCUUCUGGACUCACAGUUCACUCACUCACGGCUUCUGGACUCACGGUUCACUCACUCACGGCUUCUGGACUCACAGUUCACUCACUCACGGCUUCUGGACUCACAGUUCACUCACUCACGGCUUCUGGACUCACAGUUCACUCACUCACGGCUUCUGGACUCACAGUUCACUCACUCACGGCUUCUGGACUCACGGUUCACUCACUCACGGCUUCUGGACACAGUUCACUCACUCACGGCUGGUGGAGGCAGGGAUGAUAGUGGCGUUUAAGAGGCUUUUAGAUGGGCGCAUGGAUGUGCAGGGAAUGGAGGGAUAUGGAUCACGUGCAGGCAGAGGAGUUUAAUUUAACUUGCCAUCAUGUUUGGCAUGGACAUUGUGGGCCGAAGGGCCUGUAGUGCUGUAUGUUUCGUGUUCCACAUGUACCAGCAGAGCAAUAAUGACAGUCAUACUUGCUGUAGAUUUACAGGCCCAUUAACACAAUAAUUCACAAAUAAAUGUAUAAUAAUUGAUAAUACAAUCAGUUAAAAAUCAAUAAAACUAGGUAACCAGACCACAAUAACACAAAUCCAAAGUCACUACAGAUUGAACCUUGUUCUAACCUAACCCACCCACAGGGUUGAAUGCUUCCCCAUCCCCCUCUGACCCUGAAUUAUUUGACCCUAAAUGAAUUCUCCAAGGAUCGCUCUGCAAAGUGCCUGUUCUUACCCAGCCUAAAUGCCCAUGAUUUCAGUCUGUGAUAAAAGCAUCCUACAAAGUACGCAAAUCAGUACGGCUUUGUCUGUUUUUGCCAUGGAAUGAUCUUAACUCCAAGUUUUCACUUAAAAAGAAAAAUGGCACAUUUGGUUGUCUUUGAUUGGCAGUUACCUGGGCUUGUGGGCUUGAGUUACAGCGAGAGGGUGGAUAGGCUGGGACUUUUAAUUUUGGAGUGUAGGGGGCUGAAGAGUGAACAAGAUCUUGAGGGGCAUGGAUAAAGUGAACACUCACGGUCUUUUACGGCAUGGUAGAGUUGGGCUGAAGGGCCAGACUGGACCCAUUUGCCCACGUUUCGUCCAUAUCUCUCAAUGCACCUUUUUAAUGUCAUAUCAUUCAGCCAGCCACAAUCUGCGUUGUAGAACAGUACAGCAUCGGCCCACAAUGUCCGUGCAGAACACGGCGCCAAGUUAAACUCCUAUCUGCCUGCGCGUGAUCCAUAUCCCCCCAUUCCCUGCAUAUCCACGUGUCUCUCCUCUUAAACGCCACUGCCGUCUCUGGCUCGAGUGGUAAAAUGGCCCAUUCCUGCUCUCGUUUCUUUCCCCAAUAGAAUUCAUGGUUCCCUUCUCCUCCCUCACUUUCACUGCGUGUUUAUGAGGCUAUCGGAAACUAUCCGUCAAUGUUCCUCUGGAAUAUAAUUUCCCUUUGAGACGGGAGAGUGUGUACAUGCAUAAUGUCUGCAUGGGUACAGUGUUAAGUUAUGGUCAUGUCUUUCAACCCAUUGCGACUAUGUGGCGAAUAUACAAUAUUCUUUAGCAGUCUGACUUUCAUAACAUUUUACAACUUUCAUAUAAUAAAUAUCCCAAGACACUUCUCAGAGCAAAACCAAGCAAUGAUGAAUAUGUGGAAUGGUGGAACGCUAGUUGUUACCUAUCUUUUCAUUAAAUGCCUCAAUGCUGUACGGACUGUUAAUCUGAAUACAUC